UUGUUCCAAUGCACAAUAUGCUCCCAGACCUAUUCUCGGGUCGACCACCUUGCUCGCCACGUUCGUUCACAUACGCAGGAAAAGCCCUAUCGAUGUGAGAUUUGUAACAAGAGCUUCAGUAGAGUUGAUUUGCUCAGAAGACAUGGCUUGGUUCAU